AUAAUAAUAAUAAUAAUAAUAAUAAUAAUAAGUAAUAAUAGUAAUUGUUUAGUUAAGUAAACUUUCGUAUUACCUUGAUGAUUACUUCAAUGUCACACGAUUACUUUUUUUUUUAUUGUUACAAAAAUUUAAUUCACCUUAAUAAAUCAAGUGUAUCAGUGUACUCGAUGAGUAAAUCAAAUAGCUUUUAUUACUCACAAUUUAUCAUCAAAAUUAACUUUUAUUUUAAUAAAUUACUGUCGAAUGAGAACUGAUAAUUGGAUUUUAUUAUUUUGAGUUUUCUUUUUCUUUUAAUAUUUAUUUAAUUUUGAAAAAUGCCUGGCGCCUUGACUUCUUCAACGUAUGUUGGAGUUGAAAGACCAGGACAUCGCAGAAGAGCCAAUACUUGGGAUUCAAGAAGUCGGAGAAGAUCAACUGUAACUCAUGAACAUGUUGCGCCACAACGACCUACUAGAUUAUCUCUUGCUGAAUUAAUUAAUGAUGAAUCUAUCAGGAGGCUGAGGCUGAAAGUUAUUGCUGGUCAUCAGCUGGCCAAGAAAGAUAUUUUUGGUGCUAGUGAUCCUUAUGUUAGGAUCGAUUUGUAUCCAAUCAAUGGCCAUGAGACUGUCGACUCCGUACUUACUAAAACUAAAAAGAAAACAUUGAAUCCUGUUUGGGAGGAAGAAUUUUUAUUUAGAGUAAAACCAUCAGAACACAAGUUAGUUCUUCAAGUAUUUGAUGAAAAUAGAUUAACACGUGAUGAUUUUUUGGGUAUGGUUGAAUUAAAUUUAAUGAAUUUACCUAAGGAACAAUUCGGUAGAAGUAUUCCAACAAAACAAUACAUUUUACGUCCACGCAGUCAUUCCAGCCAAAGACCUAAAAUAAAAGGCACACUAGAGUUAUACCAUGCUUACGUGACAGACGAUUCAACAGCUGAAAAUGGUGAUGCCGAUAUAGCAUCUGAUUCUGGUGGAUGGGAAUUACUAGACCAACCAAGUCCUACAUCAAACGAUAGUCCAGUUCAACCGACUGCUGAACCGGCAGCAAACGGUCCAUUGCCGUCUGGUUGGGAAGAGCGACAGGAUGCUAAUGGUAGAACUUAUUAUGUUAAUCAUAUAGCUAGAUAUACUCAGUGGGAAAGACCGACAACACUAAAUUCAGCACCCGUAGGAGGAGUCACUAAUGAACAACGAAGUUUAGAUACAGCAGCAACUGAAUUCCAACGACGAUUUCAUAUUAGUGUUGAUGAUGCUGAGAGCAGGCAGCACCGAAACUCAGCAAUUAGUCAGGAUCGGGAAUUAAAUCGACAAGAGGAUGAUGUCAAUAACGGAGAUGAUGAUAGUGAGGAUUGGGAUGAAUCGGGCGGUGUGAGAGAUCGCGAGUCUUUAACGCGUAUUUCCGGCGAAUCUACUUCGACAUCUUCUACUUCUGGCCAGUCGGUUGAUCACGAUGGCUAUCUUGGAGAAUGUGACGAUCAGACUGACGACAAUGUUGACAGCCCAGCUGGUUCAAGACGAGCAUCUGAACAGCCCGCGGAGCACCCGGUUCCUAAUGGCGAUGGACUGCCUCCAGGCUGGUGUAUGCAGUUAGCUCCGAACGGACGUAUGUUUUUUAUUGAUCACAAUGAACGUGCUACGACGUGGGUUGAUCCGCGGACAGGAAGACCAAGUCCAAUGCCUAAUCAUAAUGUGCCUUCGGCCACUUCUCGAAGUGAUCUAGAUCAGCUGGGACCACUUCCGGAGGGCUGGGAAGAACGUGUACAUACUGAUGGACGAAUUUUCUUUAUUGAUCACAAUACUAGAACAACGCAAUGGGAAGAUCCUCGUAUGUCAAAUCCUCAAAUAGCUGGACCUGCUGUACCUUACUCAAGAGAUUAUAAACUCAAGUACGAAUAUUUGAAGUCACAAUUGAGGAAACCUAGUAAUGUACCAAAUAAAUUUGAGAUAAAAGUUGCGCGGAAUAAUAUUUUGGAAGACUCAUAUCGUAUUAUAAGCUCAGUAAACAGAGUUGAGAUAUUAAAGACAAAGCUCUGGGUUGAGUUUGAAAGUGAAGUGGGAUUGGAUUACGGUGGAUUAGCACGUGAAUGGUUUUUCCUAUUAUCAAAGGAAAUGUUUAAUCCGUACUACGGGUUGUUCGAGUACUCAGCUAUGGAUAAUUAUACCCUUCAAAUAAAUCCCUUCUCGGGGGUAUGCAACGAAGAACAUUUAAAUUAUUUUAAAUUUAUUGGACGCAUUGCCGGAAUGGCAGUUUAUCACGGAAAACUUUUAGAUGCUUUCUUUAUUAGACCAUUUUAUAAAAUGAUGUUGGGCAAGACAAUAGAUUUAAAAGAUAUGGAGAGUGUCGACUCAGAAUAUUACAACUCACUCUUAUGGAUAAAAGAAAAUGAUCCAAGUGAAUUGGAAUUGACAUUUUGUGUUGAUGAAGAAAGUUUUGGACACACAUCGCAACGUGAAUUAAAAUCAAAUGGCGCAAAUGUACCCGUCACUGAUGAAAAUAAAGAUGAAUAUAUAAGUCUAGUAAUACAGUGGCGAUUUGUAUCACGUGUCCAGGAUCAAAUGAAUGCAUUUUUAGAAGGUUUUAAUGCCUUGGUACCGCUAACGCUGGUUAAAAUAUUCGAUGAGCAUGAAUUGGAACUUUUAAUGUGUGGCAUACAGCAUAUUGACGUAAAAGAUUGGAAAAAAAAUACAUUAUAUAAGGGUGACUAUCAUGCGAAUCAUAUUGUGGUGCAAUGGUUUUGGCGUGUUGUGCUAUCGUUUAACAAUGAAAUGCGAGCUAGAUUGUUGCAAUUUGUCACCGGUACAUCGCGUGUACCCAUGAAUGGCUUCAAAGAGUUAUACGGCAGUAACGGACCGCAAUUAUUUACUAUCGAGAAAUGGGGAACACCUGAAAACUAUCCACGAGCUCACACAUGUUUUAAUCGAAUUGAUUUACCGCCUUAUGAGAGUUACCAGCAGCUCAGGGAUAAAUUGAUCAAGGCUAUUGAGGGAUCACAAGGUUUUGCUGGAGUUGAUUAGCGCGAGAUACCAUUUUUUAUGAUUAUACCUGUAAUAUAAUGUAUAUUUAUGCAUAUAGAUAUUAUUAUUAUUAUUAUUAAAUUCAAUAUGUAUUGUUUUUAAUCGCUUAAAAAAAGAAAUUAUUAUUAUUAUUAUUAUUAUUAUUAUUAUUAUUAUUAUUAUUAUUAUUAUUAUUAUGAUUAUUAUUAUUAUUACUAUUAUUAUAAAAUGAAAGUAAUUGAAAUCUCUGUACGAAUUUCUUUCAUUUUGUUUAUUGAUAUUUUUUUUUCUUAUAAUUAUAUGAUCUUUGCACUAUUAAAUAUUAAAACAUAAAAGUGCCGAUUGGGAAAUGAAAUAAUAUUUCAAUGCUCAAAAUGGCAUGUCAGCGAUUUAAAAAAAGCAGCAUUCCGGAUUAAAAUUUUUUAAAAAUAAUAUAUACAUAAAAUAAUAUAAUAUAUUUUACUGAUGUAAGGUAAAUAUUAAUAGAGUCACAAAACCAUUAAAAAAAAAAAUCUAACUAUUAAUUAAUUUUAUUAAAUUUAACGCUAGUGAUUUUAUGCACUUUAAGAAAUUGCUAUUGCUAAAAAUAAAAAAAUUAUAAUAAUAAUGUACAUAUCUUUGUAAUAUGAUGAUUUUUAUUUUCGAUAGGCAAAUUGCGAUGACUAAAAAAUUGGUUAAUUUGACUAUGAAAAAUUAUAAUGGAUAUUUUAUGAAUUUUAUUAAGCGUUAGAAA